UGAUGCAGGUUGCCCCUGAGGUGUGGCUUUCAACACAAGCCUCUUUUUCAAACCAAUUCAGUCCCUGUGGGAGGAUACUUUAUGUACAUCUGACGUCUUUCUGUCCCUACAGCCAAUGGGAUAUGAUUUCAGGGAUUGUGUACAGCAUGGGUUUUCUUUCACCUUGCAGAUGGUCCUCACCCCUACGCUGCUAAGGCUCUCAUCUUCAAAACUGCUCUGUGAGACAUGAAGGACUACAUAGACGAUUAUCAGUGUUAAAGAUGAGUCAGAGGUGGUAUGCAAGGGGACUCACCUUUCCUACAUGGCAUGAAGAGUAACCAUCUGUCCAGUGUCAAAGGUUCACAUUUGGGUGUUAAUGAUGUCUAGAAUCAAAAGAAAUAAGUGCACACUAAAACGGAGGUUGAUUCUCUGGGUUUUAUUGACCAACACGAUGCUGGUGCUGUACUGCUUGAUAAACCCAACCCAAGUCAAGAUCAGGGGCUUCGAACAAGACACGUGUCCUCUAAGCAUAUCAAAAUUGAAAGAAAAUGUGAGCACGCCUUCUCAAAGCACAGAAGAGUGCUCCCCCAGAGUAGACAUCAUGUUUAUGAAGACCCAUAAAACUGCCAGUAGCACUAUACUCAACAUCCUCUAUAGAUUUGGAGAAAAACACAAGCUUAAAUUUGCCCUACCUGAUGGGCGUAAUGACUUCUUCUACCCAUCACCUUUCCUGUGCUCCCAGGUGAAAGACUACAGGCCUGGAGAGUGUUUCAACAUUAUUUGUAACCACAUGCGCUUUGACCAUCAAGAAGUAGCCAAGCUUCUGCCUCCACAGGCUCUGUACAUCACCAUCUUACGUGACCCAGUGGAUCUCUUUGAGUCGUCCUUCAACUAUUAUCACAGAGCAGUUCCUCUCACAUGGAGGAUCAAUGGAGAGAACCAACUGACAGAGUUUCUUAACAGUCCUCAGACCUUCUACAGCCCACAGGCUUUUAACUCAUUCUACCUGAAAAAUCUGCUCUUUUUUGACUUUGGAUUUGACAACAACCUGGAAGCUGAUGAUCCUCGUGUCAUGAGGGGUAUUCAUGACUUAUCAAAACGUUUUGAUUUGGUUCUCAUUGCAGAGUAUUUUGAGGAGUCUCUUAUCCUGCUUAAGGACACACUUUGUUGGACUAUGGAAGACAUCAUGUAUUUCAAAGUCAAUGCUCGCAGGAGCUCAUCUGUAUCUCAUCUGACCCCUGAGUUGAGAGCCAAAGCUUUACAGUGGAACGGGGCUGACUGGAAACUCUAUCAGCACUUUAAUGCUACCUUCUGGGCCAGAGUAGAGGCGUAUGGGAGAGAAAGAAUGAAACAGGAGGUAAAUGAGUUGAGGAGAAGAAAUACUGAAAUGAAAGCUAUCUGUGUCGAGGAUGGAGAUGCGGUUGAAGCCCAAAAGAUUCAGGACAGACAUUUCCUGCCCUGGCAGCCAGUUGGAGAGUCUUCCAUCCUGGGGUACAACAUGAAGAAAAAUGUUCAUCCAACAUUUAGGACACUUUGUAAAAAAAUGCUCACGCCUGAAAUACAAUAUUUGUCGGACCUGGGCGUAAACCUGUGGCUUACCAGACUAUGGGGUUGGUUAAAAGAUUUGACUUGGAUUUAAAACAUUUACAACUAACAUACAAC